AUGCGCGGCCACGACGCGGCCGUCUUGAGCGCCAUGAGCGACGUGAGUGCGUCCGACGACAGCGACGACGAGCGUCUGCAUGUCAUGGACCCGUCGGAUCCGCGCGCGCACCGUUUAGCGCCGUCUGUCGCGCAGGUUCCGAGUCCUCGUCUCGCGUUGACUCCGCCAGCGGAGAUCCACCGCGACGCCGACUCAGAGUCUGAGAACAUUGCUACACACCGAUUGGGCGCUGGUGCACAUGUCUCAGCAUCGCCGACUCGGUCGACGAAAAACGUCAUUGAUACUGAUGACGUAAUCCCUAUCCAGUUCGACGAUGAUGGCGUUGACGAUGAUGGAGACAGUCGUAGGACCACUAAGGAGAAGCAGAAGCCGAAGGAGACGAAGACGAACGGGACGAAGUCUGUGACGCUCUCCAAGUGGGCCCAAGCGCGUUUCCUCGUGCCUGCUGGAGCUCGAAAAGUCGCAGUGGUCGAAGAAGACACGUGUCUCGAGCCGCUCAAUGACUUUAUCUUGAGUGACUUUAGCUCGCGGUAUCGUGGAGACGUGGGCAAUGUCGACGUGGAGAAAGCUAUUGCAACAGCCGACGAGGAAGAUAGGGACGAAGACGAGUCGUUGGUGGGUUCGAGCAGGCAAAAGCACGUUGGUGCACCGCUGUUUGAGACGAGCGGGGACGGAAGGCCGAUCGAGGCUGGCAACAGGAAGGCGAAGGACGCUGGAAGCAACCAGAGGGUGCUGAAGAAGGAUGGAGAAGGACGCAAGCGCAAGGAGAGCAGGUACUUUGUGACGGACUUGGCCACCAAGUGUUAUCACUGCGGAGAAGUGGGUCACAUGGCCAGUGUCUGCAUGAACGACAAGCUGCAGCCGCCUUGCUACUACUGUGCAUUACGUGGACAUCAGUCGUGGGCGUGUCCGAACCUACCGUGUGCGAGUUGUCUCCAGUUGGGGCACCAGGAGAAGUACUGCAACAAUCGAGCGAUGACCACCAAGACCUGCAAACUAUGUGGGUGCACUGGUCAUACGGAAGACCGUUGCGGCAACGUAGACACUGUAGAGCAAGCAACGUGUAUGGUGUGCACAAGAGUGGGACAUCUGCACUGUGUGCCCGUGCCGCCUCCUGCUGAUAGACGUGUGUAUUGCCCAAACUGCGCCGAGAACCACAAACUAGAACGGUGUCGGCGGUACAGCAAGCCCAUUCCGGUCAACCUCACUGCUCGAGUAGCCAGCGGACGCUUUGUGCAAACGUGCUUCGUGUGCAGCGAGGCCGGUCACAUUGCUGCCGAGUGUCCGACGCGCUCGAAUGGAUACGGCAGAGGCAGAGACGGCUGCUAUAAAUGCGGCAGGUCUGGGCACUUUGCUGCUGAGUGCUACGGCUCAAGCAAUCACCAUAGCAACGAUCGACAUGAUAGUAGUCGCAAACGGUAUCGCGAUGUGCAGGAUGAGUAUCCGAACUACAGAGACCAUCGACGACGCUGA